GAGGCCAAUGCUGUACUCUAUGGCUAAAGCACGUUUCGAUGUGAAGCUCGGAUCCACGGUUUUAGUGUUUUUGCUGCUGAACUCGGCCUCGCCGAAACUUUUGGAAAAUCCCAAAUUUAGUCAACCCAUCCCUAAUAGCACCGUCGCCGUGGGGCGUGAAGCUAUUUUGGCCUGUGUCGUUGAAAAUCUCGGCUCUUAUAAGGUGGCGUGGUUGAGAGUGGACACACAGACCAUUCUUACGAUACAUAAUCACGUAGUCACGAAGAACCACCGAAUCGGGGUGACCCACAGCGAGCUCAAGACUUGGUACCUCCACAUAAGGGAAGUGCGCGAGUCCGAUAAGGGCUGGUAUAUGUGUCAGAUCAACACCGACCCGAUGAAGAGUCAAAUUUGUUACCUUGACGUUGUAGUUUCGCCGGAUAUUCUGGAUUUUCCGACAAGCGCGGACAUCGUGGUGGAUGAAGGGGCCGACGUGUCCCUGCGAUGCGUAGCCAGAGGCUCUCCGGAACCGUCAAUUUUAUGGAAACGGGAAGACGGACAACUGAUACCAUCGCGAAUGAAAAUGGAAGCGGUUAGCGCCAGCGGACCCACACUUAAUAUAUCGAAAAUUAAAAGGGAACAUAUGGGACCCUACCUCUGCAUUGCUUCCAACGGAGUCCCUCCCUCGGUCAGCAAGAGGAUUAUGGUUAUAGUACAGUUUCCACCCUCCGUGUGGAUUCGGUACCAGUUAGUGGGAGCAUACGACGACCAGCAGAUCACCCUCGAAUGCCAUUCCGAGGCAUAUCCGAAAUCCAUCAACUACUGGACUAGAGAUAAAGGAGACAUCAUUCCUCACAGCGCAAAAUACGUGCCGGAGAUCAUCGACAGCGGUUACACAGUGCACAUGAAGCUGACCAUCAACCAUCUGGGAGAACAAGACUACGGGAUCUACAAAUGCAUAUCAAAAAAUUCCCUGGGUGAUACGGAUGGAACAAUAAACAUUUAUAGAAUUUCUAAUUCCACCCUGAAGAACAGUUCGAUCUAUUUCAAAAGCAAAGGUCCGAGAAAAGAGGCGAACGAUGUAACUUAUCAAAUAGGUUCCACUGAGAAAGACCGCGCCGACUUGCUAUUUCUUGAAGAUGAAUUUUACAGUUGUGCUCAUCAACUUGGCGUCUCGCAAAUGCUUACGAUUCUGUGGUUACGUGUGCUUCUAUAUUGCAUAACAUUCGUUUAAUGUGGUGUAUCCCGAUAAGAAAACUGUAGAAUGAUGAUGAAAUGUAAGUAGACUUGAAUAUUACCAACAAACGUUAACAUUAACCCGCUGAAAAUUUUAUCAUGUAAGGGACUUAGAAGUAAGGGCUAUUUUUGUACGCUUAUUUUAGCAU